AUGGAGAACAUCUCCUCUCACAAAUAUUUCAUCCUCAACAGUUUUAAUGAACUUGGUGCCCUGAGGCCGGUCCUCUUCUUCCCUUUCUUCAUCAUGUUCGUCCUGUCACUGUUGGCUAACUCCCUGCUGCUGUACGUCAUCAUAUCACAGAGAAGCCUCCACUCACCGAUGUACAUCCUCAUCGCCGGCAUGGCCUGCGUGGAUCUGAGCCUUCCACUGUUCUUCGUUCCCAACAUGCUGCUGAACUUCCUGUUUGACUGGAGGGGAAUCUCUCUGAUUGGCUGCCUGGUUCAGAUGCAUUUUAUUCAUUUUGUUGCAUCUUUUCAGUCCUCGCUGCUGGUUUGGAUGGCCCUGGACCGAUACUUUGCCAUCUGCACUCCCCUCUACUACCAUGAACACAUGGCUUUACCAGGGUUCUUAAAGUUUAUCAUCCCACUUGUGAUAAGAAACUUCCUCCUGGUCACACUGUUUGUCAGUCUGGCAGGAACUUUGUCAUUCUGUGCUGGAAAUGUGAUGAACCACUGUUUCUGUGAGCACAUGGCCUUGGUGGAGCUGGCCUGUGGAAGUACCAGCAUGAACAACCUGACUGGGUUACUGACGGUGUUCCUUAACCCUGUGGCUGACUUUGUUUUUAUCACUGCCUCUUAUGUCAUCAUAUUCAGCUCUGUGCUGACUUCUGGAAAGUCAGGUGUCAAAGCCCUUCACACCUGUAUCACUCACAUCGUGGUCAUCACUGUCAGCCUGACCAUCGCCCUUGUUGCAUUCCUGUCGUAUCGGAUCAGAAACGCUCUUCCUGCAGCUGUUCGUGUUUUUAUCAGCACCAUGUAUGUGCUGUUCCCGAGCUGUUUCAACCCAAUCAUCUACGGCAUCAGAACAGCUGAGAUCAGACAGCACAUUGUGAAGACGCUGAUUUUGUGUCACUUUAACAGAACUGCGUCCCAUCCCUAA